AUGGCAAAUAUCGACGACUCGGAAAUGAAAUUGGUGGAGCUUAUUAUAACUAACCCGGAGGAAUCCGAAUUAUCUGAUGAAUCAUACGUUUUUAAUGCUUACAUAUUUUUAGCUCAUGGUUAUACCAGGGAGUACGCAAGGACGCUGGACGAAAAGGCGUUAAAUGACGUUUUUUCCGUCGCCAAAUGGACGGCCCAUAAGCAUGCGCUCCGCCAGAAAUUGAUGAAGUGGGAGGAAAGUAUCCUCUACCAAGAAGGCAAUACGGAAGAGGCAGCUCAGCGAAGCGACUCGGUUCCCGUUCGGAACGAGGCAAACUCGGCGGUAUCCGGCUCACCUCAACGAAAGCUCCUCCCGACAAGCGUCUCGCGAGCUCUGCUGGAUAGUAUUUUGGAACGCAAUGAGAAAGGGAAGAUCGUCUGCAAGUACUUCCAGUUACACCAAAGACUGGAUAAACAACAGCGGAAGUUUUUGGCGCACACUAUCGUCGAUUACUACAUUGCCAGCCAAAAAUAUUUUUCGCUCCCAGACAUGUCGAGAUUUGCGGAACUCAUAGCUGAACGUUUCCCAUCUGAGAUACCAGUGACGUACUACAAUCCUCGCAACAAGUCUGCAAAUAAGAGGCACCCAUCCGGUAUGCUGUAUGACCGCUUCCACAACAGGAAAAAAACAUCCCCUACAACGAUUUCCAGUACUCCGGCGACAGAAACAACCUUCCAUUCGGAGCAAAAGGAAGCGGCCCUGCAGUUAUCUGUAACAGGUAAAACUAUUAGGGUAAAAGCACUAUUCUUCAUCGCUACUCAAAAUUUCCCCGCUUUCUAACCGGUUUUCCCAAACCAAAAAAAUUGUUGCUCUAUAAAAGUUUGGUUAAACCAUUCUUAAGACUUCAAGCUUAAAUAUCUAUUAUUCUACCACUUCUGCUGCUUUAAGAAUUUUCAGGAACGAUAUCUAGUGCUUUUACCCUAUUAAUUGAAAUUCUGAAUCAUAUCCAAGAAUUUAUUAAGAACUUAUUUUAUUGACGUAACUAAGAUUUUGGA